AAUUGGAUCUUGUGUCGGUUAGGUAUCAGUUUGUCAAUUCCGGUAAUAAAAUUUAACCAAGCCCAAUUAUUUCUUGGUCGUUCAAUUUUACAGUUUAAAGUUAAAGUUUUUCUGUUUCAUUGAAGCGUAAUGAAUGAAUAAUAAUUUUUAAAUAUUCUGACAACGAGUUGAAAAAUAACACUCGACUAGAACUAUAACUUGUGAUUUGAGUUUUUAUAAAUGUUUUUACUAAUUAACAAAAUCAAGAUUUUAUUAAUUUUAGCUUUUUUUAGUUUUAAAUAAUAGAAACAUGCUUUGAAGAUGGGACAAACUGGAAGCAGUGUUAAUCAAACGCCCCGCAACUCUGGCAACAAUGGCGGUACAAACAACUUGCCACCUGUGUUGUUCCAUCAAGUCCAUGGUGACAACAUCCGUAUCUCACGGGAUGGUGUGGUGGCUCGCAGAGCAGAGAGCUUCUGUAAAGGAGUCACUUUCACCAAUCGUCCUAUCAAGAUAUCAGAGAAGGUAUAUGUAAAGUUCCUAGAUGUAUCCAACAACUGGAGUGGAGUCAUCAGAUUUGGUUUUACAUGUAAUGACCCCAGCAAUUUACGUCACGCUCUUCCUAAAUAUGCUUGUCCAGACCUAACAAACAAGGCUGGCUACUGGGCCAAAGCUCUGGCCGAGAGGUUCUGUGAACGGGACACCGUGCUGUUCUACUAUGUCACCCACGCAGGUGAUGUUCACUUCGGCAUCAAUGGUGAGGAAAAGGGCAUCUUCUUCAGUGGCGUUGAGACGAGAGGGCAGCUCUGGGCGAUGAUUGAUGUCUACGGCAACUCCACUGCCAUUGAGUUGCUAGACGCGAGACACCAGCUGAACAACUCACGCCGGAGCUUGCCGGUCAGUAGUGGAGAUGUGAGUCCAGAUGUGGACAGGCUGAUUAUGCCGUCGAUGGCCGCUCUCAGUAUCCAGUCCAGUCCCCGGAUAGAAGAUGUGUCCGAACAGGUGCCACCGCCACCCAGGUUCCAGCAGCCAGGUGCACACUUCAGUCCUCUGCCAUUCCACCGCACGAGGGGCCGGAAUGUGAGACUCAGCAAUGACCGCUGUAUUGCCAGUAGGAUAGACACAGAGUUCUGUCAAGGAUAUGUUUUUACUGCCAGACCUGUCCAACUGGGAGAACGAAUUGUCAUCCAGAUUCUUGCGACUGAGCCGAUGUACCUUGGAGCACUGGCCUUAGGACUAACCAGCUGUGACCCCUCAACCCUCCAGUCUUGUGAUCUCCCGGACGAUAGUGAUCUGCUUCUGGACCGACCCGAGUACUGGGUGGUCAGCAAGGAUGUAGCCAACUGCCCACAGCGUGGCGAUGAACUGGCUUUCUGCAUCACCCAUGCAGGUGAGGUACAGAUGAGCAAGAAUGGAGGACCUCCAUCAGUGCUAAUGCAUGUGGACCAGUCUCUGACUCUCUGGGCAUUCUUGGAUGUGUACGGUUCAACACAAAAGAUCAGGGUCCUUGGCAGCUCCAUCAUUGAACCUCCUCGUCCAGUGUGCAGCUCCCCUGCGCCUGUGGUACCGUCCAGCAGCAGAGCACUUAGGGUCAGUCUGCCUGAGCCUGGUCGGUGUGCGGAGGUGGUUCAGCUAGGUAAUGGUGUAGGCGGUGGCACUGUGCUGGUGGUCAAUCUUCCUCCACCCAGCACCCCCGCUCCUACUCCUGCUCUGGCCCCUGCCCCUACGUCGUCUGCCACUCUACUCUCCACGUACAGCCACACUUAUAUCGAGCCGGUGAGCCAGUCAUACUCAACCUUGGACUCACCAGGAAUGCGAGAGUGGGCAGAGACGAGUGUCUCAGCACCAGCAGGCAGCGAAUGUUCUAUAUGCUACGAGCGAACCAUCGACUCUGUGCUCUACAUGUGCGGACAUAUGUGCAUGUGUUACGACUGCGCGGUACAACAGUGGCGUGGAAAGGGAGGUGGUCAUUGCCCACUGUGUCGUGCCGUCAUACGUGAUGUCAUCCGCACAUACAAGUCCUGAUAACGCUGCCGGUCACGCCGCGCAGUGCAGUGCUCACUACCAAAGAGAUCACCUUGGUCAAUGUUCCAACAGACAACUGUACCGUACUGUAUGUAGCAUUUACUUGUGUAACCGUUCGAACUGAAUGCAUUUAUAGUGAUAAUAUAUCUAGUUAAUGUAAACGCUAGUAUAUGGGCCUGAUCAAAGACUGGACUAAACAUAGUGGAAAUAGAUAUAUGUGGCUUCGAGGCCUGUCCUCUUUAAUGCUCUCUGUUAUGUUAUUUUAUUUACUACCUCUGGCCUAAUAGUCAUAUAUGUGGACUAAGUGUAUUUUUAUUUGUUCAUAGAGCAAUAAUGUAGAAUUUGACAGUAUAAGUUCAGAAAUUCUAAGAUAUUUUUCAGUACAUCACUUGACUUCAAUUAUGAUUUUUCAAAUUUAAACCAUGUUAAAGUGUAAUAUCUGACUUCGUUAAGCAUUUUUUAAAUUGUCAUUUGCUCUAUACGUCCAAUGUAAAGUAACUUUUUACUGUACCUAAAACCAUAACAAAUCAUCAAUCAGAAUCUAAGAAUAAUUAAUUGGCUUAAUUUAGAUUUCAUUUUUUUACAUAUCAGGUUGUAUGAUGUAUUCCCUCUGUAAUAUAAAGAUUAGUUGUAUAACUUUUGUAGAUUGUAUUUUUUCAUGUUUAUCAUUAGUUAGUUAUAUUAAAUUACUAUAAAAUUUCAGAUUCAAAUAACAUAGCGAAUGUGUAAAAUACAUAACAUUAAUUUGUUAAAAUGCUUUCAAUGCAGUUUUGUUACAGAGAAAGUCUAGUUUUCCUAACAUAAUUGCACUGAAACCAAAAAAUCGUUUUUGUUUGCUUCCAAGCAAUGGUAUGCCAAUAAAAGACAGUUCAUUCCACACAGUCAUUUACAAUUGUUUGUUUCAGUUUAAGUAGCUUGUCAAUUAUUGUAAGUAAAUGUAUUUAUUGUAAAAUUGUCUUAUAGAUUGUAUAAGCUUCGUCUUGAAAAAUGUAAAUUUAUAUACAGUACUUCCAGUUUAUUGUAAAGCUCUAAUUUAUUCGUAUAGUGAAUUUCUAGUCAUGGAUAUUUGUUUAGAUGUUUAUUUAUAAUUUCACUAUAGAUGAUGUUAUAUUGAAGUAAAUACCAAAUGGAAAAAUCUAAGAAAAGUAAUUAAAUGUUGAAUGGCGGGACUAAGUAUGCUUACGAGUAGAGAAUUUAAUUCCAAAAGAUCGAUGGUAGUAGUUUUUAUCAGUCGAUUCUCAAACCAACUCUAAACUUGACUAAAAUGUAGUUGUUCCAAGUUGGUCAACUUUUAUAAAGGAGCAGGCACUAACUAAGUUGGCUUAGAGAAUGAUGUUCCUUGCUGUCACUUGCGAUACUUGUUACUGUUUCUGUCCUUUUGUACAUAUCCCUUCUUGUUACAGAAGUGCAAUACUGCGUCCUCUUUGUUAUGUUCCGCAUUAGCCAGAUAAGCUUUUAGGAUAUUAUGUUAAAAGGGUUUCAUUUAUAAAUCUGAUGUUAAGUAUUGUAAUUUUUUGUAUGUCUGCAGCUAAGAAAAUUUGUUACUGAUUUAAUACACAUCAUUAUAUAAAAA